AUGUACUCCAUUGUUCCCUCUUUGACAAGUAGCGAGAGUCUUGCUGACCUCUCAUUUGGUGCCUGCACGCCUCAGCCCCGCAGUAACCCUUGUCUUGUCAGCCAGGUACUGCAGCACCAGAUUCCAAGUGCCAACCUUACAACCUCGAACUUCAUCUCCAACAAUAAUGCCCUCUCUCCUCUCGUUGAGGUCCUCGCUACCACCACCCCUUCGAUGCACGGCCGCGCCGUCUUCCAAUUCACCCAAGAGCAAGAAAUAAGAGCGCUCAUGGACCACUACAGAACCACAUUUCUGUACCAUCUCUUCUUAACCCCUUCAUCCGCUGACGUCGAUAUCCCAACCAUUGUCGCUGUGUUUUGGCUUGCUCUCGAGCCGGCGGAAAGGAGAGAUUGGGAGGAGUUGGCACGCGACAUUUGUAGCGUUCAUGCGCAACUCAUUGAUUUGUUUGGUAACGGCGUCAUAUUUGACGGAAAUCUUUGGGAGGAGAGGAAGCGUUAUCACGUACGAAGCGUCUACUUGAAGUGGGUGGGUUACCAGGCCCUUCAUCGACUCGACAUCAAUGUCGACCCGAUCUCUCAUACUAAAGUUCGAGAUAAAGACUCGAUAGGUAACACCGCCACUGGCCCUUCUCAAGUUGAUCUUGGACACUGCAACCGAGAUACGAAAGAGGAUAUAUGA